GAGUGCAGGAAAUGCAUGAAGGUAGAGAGACCAAGACAAACAGCUCCACCUUAACCUUGUGCGUUAGGCUUAUGCCUUGGAACUGGGGUUAUCAGGUGUUGACGCUGCCUAAGUACGAGCAGAUUCUCAGUCAAGACCUGUGGACCAGAGGCUAUGUCCUAGACGUGGCAGCCGGCAGUGCGAACAUGAUGCAACAAGACCCAGCUGGAGCAAAAUUUCUCGUCCGAAUCUUUGAUCCUGGUCAAGUCCGUCCAUCUUCUCGCUUUGCUUUGGUCUGCUCAUCUUUGAAAAUUAGUCGCACCUACAGCCUUUCUGCGCGCGUCAAUCGCUUUGCUGCCAGUGGUGUCACUAUCUGCAACAAUGUUUUCAGCGAUCUGGUUGCUGACCAAGCUUUGGGGUCAUGGUCUGUGGAAGAGACAGUUUCUCAGGAACCUGAAUCUUGGCGCCGCGGUUUCUAUGACAAGCCUCGCUCUUGGGAACUCGAAGGUCCAAAAGCCGGCGACAAAACUGACCUCACGCGAAAAUUUGCGACCCAGAAAGACCACCAAAUUGGAGCUAUGCCCAACCCAAAGCGAAGCAUUGAGGAGAAGCUAUCUGCAAAGGCACGCAAUUUGAGCCGUAUGGCUGCCAAGCGCCGCCGACGUCAAGCAACUCUGGGAAGACCUUCUGGGAAUGCGC